AGGUGCUAUGUGCAGCUGGUGAGCAGUGAGGUGGAGGGAGGGUUCCAGGAGGGAGGGUGUGUGGAGGGGGAGGGAGAGGGUGUCCACGGGUUCCCUGGCCUCCUCCCUGUCACAUACACUGUGUUGGUCUAUGGUCUGGCAGCAGGGGGAGGGGUGGACUCUUCUGGAGAACCUGACUACAUCACUGUAGCUACUGUCCAUGAUCCCCAGCCAUCCAAUCAACCUUCUCCUACUGAUAAGAUGACAAGGCCACUUGUUAUUCCAAAUGGCUCAACUCCCUGGUGUGCUGAAGGUAAACAGCCAUGCUCAAUUCUAGUAGUGUUUCUUUAUCGAUACAAACAGGAAUUAGUGUUGGUGUAUGUAUUGGAGCUAUUACAACAUGCAUUUUGUUUGUGAUGGGGAUCAUUGUAGUAAAGGUGCUCAUGAUACACAGAGAAAGAAGGAAAGUGGCUAAGUCUUCAGCAGCUUCUUCCAAACAUGUGGCAAUGGAGAAGAACAUGGCAUAUGAGUUGCAUAAACCACAGCCUCAGAGAAAAGGCCACACAGGACCUCAACAGUACUGUCAACCCCCAAACCCUAUAUAUGAAGAUUUGUAGUAAUGUGUGUAUCAGCCACCAGUUUGUUUUCAUUGUCUGCUUUUUAUAUACCCAGUGCACCUAUAUAUACAAGUGAAAUGAUAGGGGAUGUAGGGAUGUCACUUCAUGAAAAAAGAGGGAACAAGAAGAUGCCUACACCGAGACAGAAAGUCAUUCAUAACCCCAUCCCUACAUCUUUCUUUCUUUCUAGCAAAAUCAGUUGAUGAUCUAUCGUUUGUAUGCUGAUGCAUUCAUGAGAAGCAAAACGU